CCCCUCCACUCCACCGCCACCAUGCACUCCUCGAUCCGACCUUUGCUCCUCCUCCUCGCCGCCACCAUCCUCUCCGCCAUCGAUCCCACCACCGCCGCCGGCGACGACGACACCCUGAGGACGUACCUAGUGGUCGUCUGCCGGACGAAUGGCCCCAAGGAGGCCGGCCAGCCUCUGCGCGCUUGGCACGCCUCGCUGCUCGUCUCCGCGCUCAACACCACCGCCGACGCGAUCCUCCACGGCGUCGGCGGUGGCGGCAGGCCCGCGAUCGGGGAGAGGAUGGUCUACUCCUACCAGCACGUCGUCAGCGGGUUCGCCGCGCGGCUGACGGCGCGGGAGGCGGCGGCCAUGGCGAGACUGGAGUGGUGCGUCGACGCGAUCCCUGACGCCACGUACAGGCUCGCCACCACGGACACACCGCGGCUGCUCGGGAUGAGCGGGCCGCGGACGGGGGCAUGGAGCGUGGCCGGGAACAUGGGGGAGGGCAUCAUCGUCGGCGUCCUCGACAGCGGCGUCGACCCGCGCCACGCCUCGUUCGGGGACGAGGGGAUGCGACGGCCGCCGCCCAAGUGGCGCGGACGGUGCGACUUCGGCGGCGCGCCGUGCAACAACAAGCUCAUCGGCGGGCGGGCGAAGACGCUCGAGGACCACGGCACGCACACGGCGAGCACCGCCGUCGGCGCCUUCGUCGGGAACGUCGAGGUGGAGAGGUUCAACCUCGGGACGGCCUCCGGCAUGGCCCCCCGCGCGCACCUUGCCAUGUACGAGGUGUGCUUCGCGGACAAGUGCUCCUCGACGGAGAUGCUCACCGAGACGGAGAAGAGCGCCUUUAUUGACGGCGUCGACGUGCUCUCCAUCUCCGCCUCCGACGAGACGCAGAAGCCGUUCUACGACGACCUCAUCGCCGUCGGGAGCUUCUCGGCCGUCAUGUCGGGUGUGUUCUUCAGCACCAGCGCCGGGAACAACGGCCCGACCCCCGCGACAGUCACCAACUGCGCGCCGUGGCAGCUCACCGUCGGCGCGAGCACCAUGGGACGGCGCGUCCUCUCCAAGGUCCAGCUCGGCAACGGGCUGGUACUCGACGGCGAGGUGCCCAACAGUUACGGAAGCGUCAACAACAAGCCGAUCGUCUACGUCCGCGGAAAUUUCGCCGACGGCACGCUGAAGGUGGUCGAUGUCCGCGGCAAGAUCGUGCUCUGCGAUCGCAUCGACGAUCAAGAAACGCUCGAGAAGAUGAUCGGGGAUGCCGGCGGCGUGGGCAUGAUCGCCAUCUCCGACCAGAGGCACCUCCUCGCGACGACACCACUGGGGACCAACUUCAUGGCCGUGUCGCGCGUCAGCUAUGCCGACGGCGAGACGAUCAAGGCCUACGUGAUCUCCACGGCGAACCCCACGGCGAGCCUCCGCUUCGCCGGAAUUGCGCUGAACGCGUCCUCGCUUCCGGCCAUCGCCGAGUACUCCUCGAGAGGGCCCUGCGACCUGCCCAACAUCGGCGUGCUGAAGCCCGACAUCACCGGCCCCGGCACGAACAUCGUCGCCGCCGUCCCGGACAAGCGUCCCGGCGCAAGCACCGCCGCGCGCACCCGGACCUUCAGCGCGAAAAGCGGCACGUCCAUGUCGACGCCGCACCUCUCUGGGAUCGCGGCCGUGAUAAAGAAGGCGCACCCGGAUUGGUCGCCGCACGUGAUCAAGUCGGCGCUGAUGACAACCGCCGACGUGACGCACCCUGACGGCACGCCGGUGAUCGACGAGUCGACCGGCCAGCCGGCGAGCCACUUCGCCAUGGGAGCCGGGCUGGUGAACCCGACCAAGGCCCUGGACCCGGGGCUCGUCUACGACCUCACGGCGGAGGACCUGAUCCCCUACAUCUGCGGCCUCGGCUACAACGACAGCUUCGUGAACGACAUGAUCGCGCAGCCGAUGCAGAACGUCAGCUGCGCCCAGUCCAAGAAGAUCCAGGGCAAGGACCUCAACUACCCGUCCUUCCUGGUGACGCUCACGGCGGCGGCGCCGGUGGCCGAGGCGAGGCGCACGGCGACCAACGUCGGGGAGCCGUCGGAGGUGUACAGAGCGGAGGUCGUCGAGCCGCGGGGCGUCGCCGUCGAGGUGGUGCCGGACAGGCUGGAGUUCGGCGGCGCGCUCCAGAGGAAGGAGUUCACUGUCAGGUUCAAGAGAGGCCUCAAACCCGCCGUCAACACCGCGACGGCGGGCAGCUUGCGGUGGGUCUCCCGGAAGCAUUCCGUUCACAGCCCGCUCGCCGUUCUCUUGGUGGCGUGAAUCAAAUCAGCUAGCUGUAGGUGUAGCGAUGAUCGAUUGCUAAACCAGGAUCAUUAGCACUGGAAGAUAAGAUCAAUGUAUGCGAUUAAUAACAUAACAUUGAUCAUCCUGUGUAAACUCUCUGUUUGCUAUUUAGAAUUACUCUUCAAAUCCAAAAAAAUCCAUAGGCUAAUUAGUGUGAGUGGCAUUAUCCUAAUGACCUAAUCUCAGUUUUACAGUCUAGAAGCUACUGUCAUAGCGAUAGAGCACAUAAAGUACCUCGAGGUACUUAUCAAAUCGUUUCUAAUCGU